AUGAAGCUUGACAGAUUUAUUCUUGGUUUGAAUCCCAAAACUCGUGAUGUGAGGGACAUGUUUUAUAAGCGCAAUAAUGAGAUUAUACGAGUCAAUGCAAAGUAUGCCACUAUCAUACGAAGACUGGAAAGAGAAAGAGCCGAUUUGCAAAAUGAGUUGUUUGCUAUAAAAAUGUCAGCCUCUGAUCUACAGUUUAAAUUGGAUGCUGCAUUGAACAGAAUUACUGAGCUGGAAUGUGAGUCUGUUCCAAUGGAAAGCUUACGAAAUGCGUCACAGGCUGCCAUACUUGCAUAUAGAGGGAUUCAACGUGCAUUCCAUAAAGCAUGCGAGAUCUUUGAUCACCAUGCGCUGCCUGGUCUUGAAGUUAUGACUCAUUUGGGAAUGCACUCCAAAAAAACUGAAACGUACCCAAGUCUUGGUAAAUCCAACAAGUACUCGCAGGAAAAAAUCUCGACACCAGCAUUGGUUGCCAGUCGAAUGUACAAAAAAGCAAAGUCUGUAUCAAGUGAAUUUACUAUCAAAUUGCAAACUAGCUACCCACCCAAGCCAGUUCGUAGCAAAAAAAUACAGGAAAUCUUAUCUACCGAAUUGCAGCUUUUUCCUCAAAGCACACAAUCGUCAGUUGAUGAUGUGUUGCGUCCUAUCCCUGAGGUGGUGCAUGAUACUGACUUGGAGUGUCUGACCCAAUUAUCACCACAAGAUUCAACUGUCAGCUGUCUCAAUGAAACAGGUACAAAUGUGCAUAUCAAACAAAUCGAGUCUCCCAGAGUUACCAGAAUAGCACAACUCUGCAGCAAGUUUGAAACCUCAGAUUUUAUAACAGAUUCUAACGAGGUGUUUAGCUCUUUUGAUAACAAUCCAACCAAUCGACAAGCUACCCCAAUAUUUGACAAUCAGAACGUAAAUUCAAACGAGCAAUCUUAUUCUUUUGCUGAAAGCACAGUGCCAAUCGGUGAGUCAAGAUCUUUGCGACGUCGAGCAUUUCUGCCAAUCAAUUACAAGCUACCAUCGCUAAAAGUAAAAAUGCGCAAGGAUGAACCCACUUUUCCUCAAUCCGAGUCUGCAUUCGAUUUUGAAACAUCGUCACCAAAGUAG